CCCCUUUAUCCAUCAAUCAAAUUAAAUUUGCAAGCCUCUAGGGUUUCUUUUGACCGCCCCCAACUUCUGAUUGGUGCUCCCCAAUUUGGGAAUUUUCCUUACUUCUUACCAAACAAACAACGACCUUUGCCCCUUCCAAGGACCGCCCCCCCCAAUCAAUUGACCUAGUCCAUUUUCUCUUCGACCGAGGCCCUUUGCUCUUCCCUUUUCCCCGAUUUGAUCUCGAAAAGACGCGAUUUUGAUUCGGUCCCGAGCCCUUUUUCGUCGGGGGACGAGUAAAGGUUGGAUCUUUCCGCCCCGUUUAUUUAAUUUGAGUGAGUUUGUUGAUUGUUGUGUGAAUUUAUGUCGAAAAUUUUGAUAAAUUAGUCGUCAAAAGGGAUUUUGUUUGGAGAAAUGGCGGAAACCCUAGAGAAGAGUAGUUGGGAGGAUAUGCUAAGGAGGAUUUUACCCCCCGGAACUCCGAUUCCCGAUGCCCCGGCAAAUCUUGAUUACUCGAUUGCCAUCGAGUACGAUGGACCCCCGGUGGCCUAUGAUCUCCCUAGAGUUGAACCUGUUGAUCUUAGUUACCCCACAAUACCCACUGCCGAGCCAGUUUCGGAGUCGCAGAGGUCUGUCGAUGGUGUUGUGCCACCCGUCGUCGAUCCGAUACCGCUUCCUGUGUCUAGGAUUGAAGGUUGUGCUGGUUCGCCUUCUCAAUUUCAGAGCCAUAGAGAUUCCGGAGGCUCGGGAAGUGAGGGAAGUGAGCAGUCGGUGGUUUCGGUUCUGCAAAAUGAAGAGUUUUCAGAUAAUUCGGGUUCGGAGUCUGGAACUGGCUCCGCUCAGAGCUCACCAGGACCUCAGUCUGUAAAUGAGCAGAGGAGAGUUGCUGUGGUUACUUUUGACACCGUCGACAAGUCUAAAAGUUCGGAACUUUACAUGGAGACAACGGCUUCUUCUCCUCAGUAUGUUGGGGUAUCAGGAAAGGAGAAAAGGAAGAGAGUGUGCUAUAGAUGUGGGAAGAGGAAGUGGGAGAGCAAAGAGUCUUGCUUAGUUUGUGAUUCGAGGUAUUGUAGUUACUGCGUGCUAAGGGCCAUGGGGUCAAUGCCAGAAGGACGAAAGUGUGUGCAAUGCAUCGGUCGGCCGAUUGACGAGUCGAAGAGGUCAAAACUGGGGAAGAGCUCAAGGAUUUUGUCGCGGUUGCUCAACCCUUUGGAGGUUAAGCAAAUUUUGAAAGCAGAGAAGGAAUGUCCAGCGAAUCAACUGCGUCCAGAGCAGCUUAUAGUAAAUGGGUGUCCUUUGAGGCCUGAGGAGAUGGCAGACUUGCUCAAUUGCUCCCUGCCUCCUCAGAAAUUGAAGCCAGGGAGGUACUGGUAUGACAAAGAAUCGGGUCUAUGGGGAAAGGAGGGGGAGAAACCAGAUAGACUUGUGAGCUCAAACUUGAAUUUCAGCGGAAAGCUUUCUCCUAAUGCAAGCAAUGGAAACACCCAAGUGUACAUAAAUGGCAGGGAGAUCACAAAAGUUGAACUCAGAGUUCUAAAGCUUGCAAACGUGCAAUGUCCCCGUGAUACACAUUUUUGGGUGUACGAGGAUGGUCGCUAUGAGGAGGAGGGACAGAAUAACAUUAAAGGAAAAAUCUGGGAGUCGACGUUAACACGACUGGCAUGUUCGCUCUUGUCACUGCCAGUACCUCAUGCAAACUCACAUGGAACAAGGGAUGAGGCUCCGUAUACUGCCAGAACUGUCCCAAAUUAUUGGGAGGCAAAAAGAAUUCAAAAGCUUUUACUAAUUGGACUACAGGGAUCUGGAACAAGUACUAUAUUUAAGCAGGCCAAAUUUUUGUACGGGAAUAAAUUCACCCAAGAAGAACUAGAUAACAUUAAAUUAAUGAUUCAAAGCAAUAUGUACAAAUACCUCAGUAUUUUGCUUGAGGGGCGGGAACGCUUCGAGGAAGAGACUUUGUCUAGGUUGAAGGCAGGUAGUUUGGUUGACCGGCAUUCAACUGAAGUAGUUUCAGGUGAAGAUGGUGGUGGCGAGACGAAUGCAUCUAGUCAAUGUGUUUACUCUAUCAAUGGAAGGCUGAAGCAGUUUUCUGACUGGCUUUUAGACAUCAUAGCAAUGGGAGAUUUAGAUGCAUUUUUCCCUGCAGCAACACGUGAAUAUGCUCCUUUGGUUGAUGAGAUGUGGAAAGAUCCUGCCAUACAGGAGACGUACAAGAGAAAAAGCGAGCUUCAUUUUCUUCCAGAAGUUGCCGAUUACUUCUUGAGUCGGGCAAUUGAAAUAUCAAGCAAUGAGUAUGAGCCUUCAGAGAAAGAUAUAUUGUAUGCUGAAGGAGUAACCCAAGGAAAUGGAUUGGCAUUCAUUGAGUUCUCACUUGAUGAUAGGAGCCCAAUGUCAGAACCAUAUAAUGACAAUCCUGAUGUCCACUCUCAACCACUUACCAGAUAUCAGUUGAUCCGGGUGAGUGCUAAGGGGAUGAAUGAGGGCUGCAAAUGGGUUGAAAUGUUUGAGGAUGUUCGGGCAGUGAUAUUUUGUGUAUCCCUCAGUGACUAUGACCAGUAUGGGGCCCCAGUAAAUGGCAAUAACAGCCCUCUCCAGAACAAGAUGAUGCAAAGCAAGGAGCUUUUUGAGACCACAAUCAGGCAUCCCUGCUUCCGAGAGACCCCAUUUGUGCUAGUGUUGAACAAAUAUGACCUAUUUGAGGAGAAGAUAAACCGCUCACCCAUCUCGGUCUGUGAAUGGUUCAAUGACUUCUCUCCUGUGAGGACUCAUCAUAACAACCAGUCGCUAGCUCACCAGGCCUACUAUUAUGUUGCAAUGAAGUUCAAGGAUCUCUAUGUCUCCCUCACAAACCGAAAGCUCUUUGUGUGGCAAGCAAGAGCUAGGGACCGACCAACAGUUGACGAGGCCUUCAAGUACAUAAGAGAAGUGCUAAAGUGGGAUGAGGAGAAGGAUGACACUUAUGCAGUGGAGGACUCUUUCUACAGCACAACAGAAUUGAGCUCGUCGCCGUUUGUCAGGCAGGAGUAAUCAUCUGAAUUUUCUGAAAUUUUUUUGAUAAUAAUUGUCUACUGGUUUUAUCAGAUUCCGUCAAGUGAUUGAUAUUUGUUAGGUUUGUAAAUGUUGUGAUUGUAAUGUAUAAUUUUACAGUGAAAUCUUGAGCACCAGCCAUUUGGUUUGAAAGAAUAAAACAAGUUUGUUUUCUGAUCCA